ACAAACGGAUGUGAGGGAAGGAAGGUGUUUCUCUUACUCCUGAGUCCAGACACCUCUCUCUGUUCCGUCUAAGCUUGUUUUGCUGGACACUUUUUUGAAAAAGGCAAAGAAAAGGAGUUGCUUGAUGUGAAAGUGAAAUGGACGUAAGAUUUUAUCCACCUCCAGCCCAGCCCGCUGCUGCGCCCGACGCUCCCUGUCUGGGACCUUCUCCCUGCCUGGACCCCUACUAUUGCAACAAGUUUGACGGUGAGAACAUGUAUAUGAGCAUGACAGAGCCGAGCCAGGACUAUGUGCCAGCCAGCCAGUCCUACCCUGGUCCGAGCCUGGAAAGCGAAGACUUUAACAUUCCACCCAUCACUCCUCCUUCCCUCCCCGACCACUCGCUGGUGCACCUGAAUGAGGUCGAACCUGGUUACCACUCUCUGUGUCACCCGAUGAACCAUAAUGGCCUGCUACCGUUUCAUCCACAGAACAUGGACCUACCUGAAAUCACCGUCUCCAAUAUGCUGGGACAGGACGGAGCACUGCUUCCCAACUCCAUUUCUGUGAUGCAGGAUAUACGGAGCCCAGAAGGAAGUCAGUAUAGCGCCCACCCUCAGAUGGCAGCCAUGAGGCCAAGGGGCCAGCCUGCAGAGCUCAGGCAGCAGCCAGGCAUGAUGCAGCACGGCCAGCUCACCACCAUCAACCAGUCUCAGCUAAGUGCUCAGCUUGGAUUGAACAUGGGGGGAAGCAGUGUCCCCCACAACUCGCCGUCUCCUCCCGGAAGCAAGUCUGCAACUCCUUCGCCGUCCAGCUCAGUGCAUGAGGAUGAAGGCGAUGAUACCUCUAAGGUCAAUGGUGGAGAGAAGCGACCUGCCUCUGACAUGGGGAAAAAACCAAAAACCCCCAAAAAGAAGAAGAAGAAGGACCCUAAUGAGCCCCAGAAGCCUGUGUCUGCUUAUGCGUUAUUCUUUCGUGAUACUCAGGCUGCCAUCAAGGGCCAAAAUCCAAAUGCUACCUUUGGUGAAGUCUCUAAAAUUGUGGCUUCAAUGUGGGAUGGUUUAGGAGAAGAGCAAAAGCAGGUCUAUAAAAAGAAAACAGAGGCUGCAAAGAAGGAGUACCUGAAGCAACUAGCAGCAUACAGAGCCAGCCUGGUAUCCAAGAGCUACAGCGAACCUGUUGACGUGAAGACUUCUCAGCCUCCGCAGCUGAUCAAUUCAAAGCCGCCGUCAGUGUUCCCCGGGCCCAGCCAGGCCCACUCAGCUCUGUACCUAAGUUCUCACUAUCACCAACAACCAGGAAUGAACCCUCACCUAACCACCAUGCACCCCAGUCUCCCCAGGAGCAUAGCCCCCAAGGCCAGUAACCAAAUGCCAGUGACUGUCUCUAUAGCAAACAUGGCCGUGUCCCCCGCUCCUCCCCUCCAGAUCAGCCCACCUCUUCACCAGCAUCUCACCAUGCAGCAGCCCCUUGGGACCCAGCUCCCCAUGCAGGUCCAGCCCGCCUUACACUCCCCCACCGUGCAGCAGAAAAUGUACAGUGCACGUCCUGACGUUGCCUUCAUUUCACAGGGAUUUAAUCUUCCCGACUAUCAGACUAUAAUCAGUCCUACGUCUACAGCUGCACACGUGGUCACCCAGGCCAUGGAGUACGUGCGCUCUGGGUGCAGAAACCCUCCCGCCCAGCCCGUGGACUGGAACGACUACUGCAGUAGUGGGGGCAUGCAGAGGGACAAAGCGCUGUACCUCACCUGAAAAUCCGAGCGCCUCUUCUUCCCACGGAGGCAUUCAGGGAAGUCCUUUCACCGUGGAUUGCUUUGUAUAGCCAAGGCAGUUCUCCGUUUUGUUAGAAAAAUACAAGUUGCUAAGCACUUAGGACCACUUGAGCUUGUGGGUCACCCACCCUGGAAGAAAUAGUCAUGCUUCUUUAUUACUUUUUUAAUCCUUUAUGGACAUUGUUUUUCUUCUUCCCUGAAGGAAAUUUGGACCAUUCAGAUUUUAUGUUGGUUUUUUGCUGUGAAGUGCUGCGCUAUAGUAACUGCCUUAGCAACUAUAGAUGUCUUGGAUAAAAGUCCUGGAUUUUCCAUUGGUUUUCAUAAUGGGUGUUUAUAUGAAACUACUAAAGACUUUUUAAAUGGCUUGAUGUAGCAGUCAUAGCAAGUUUGUAAAUAGCAUCUAUGUCACACUCUCCUAGAGUAUAAAAUGUGAAUGUUUUUGUAGCUAAAUUGUGAUUUGAAACUGGCUCAUUCCAGUUUAUUGAUUUCACAAUAGGGGUUAAAUUGGCAAACAUUCAUAUUUUUACUUCAUUUUUAAAACAACUGACUAAUAGUUCUAUAUUUUCAAAAUAUUUGAAAAAAAACCGUAUUCCCAAACGAUGUUCAUUUAAAAACAAAUUGGCUUUGUCUCAUUGAUCAGACAAAAAGAAACUAGUGUGAAGGGAAGUGCAAACACGUUUAUUUUGUACUGCAGAAAAAUUGCUUUUUUGUAUCACUUUUUGUGUAAUGGUUAGUAAAUGUCAUUUAAGUCCUUUUAUGUAUAAAACUGCCAAAUGCUUACCUGGUACUUUAUUAGAUGCAGAAACAGAUUGGAAACAGCUAAAUUAUAACCUUUACAUACGACUCUGUAUCAUUAUUUCUUCAUACUGUGUCUGUAUUUAAUCUUUUUUUAUGGAAACUGUUGCGCCUAUUUAUGAAAUAAUAAAUAUAGGUGUUUGUAAG